AAGCCAACCACACGUAUGCACGUACCACGUCCCUUGUUUCUCAUUCUAGCAUUACGAGAAUGAUGUUUUUUCUCGACACCUUUUGUGGGCGGCAUUCCAUACAGCCCCAUUUUCUGCACCAACGUCAAGCUUUACCUACGCGAAAGUGUACGAGAAGGUGGCUUCAGGCUAAUGGCCCAACUUCUUGCGCUUUCAAAAUCGCCUCACGUUUCUUGUUCUCAGAUGUCAUUGCUAUCACUCCUCGGCUUUUGGUCAUGGCGGCGCAUAUCAUUUAUUGCAUUUCCAUUCCUGAGGUCUUUUUCACAAGUCACGUCUUCUUUUGCUAUACCCACACUUGCAUUGUUAUACUGGAUGUCAAUAUUUACACCUCUCUUAACCACAAUUACUUCCUUUAUCUACCUUGUCGCAAAACAUAGUGCACCAAUCACGAUUACGAACCAAUCACUUCCGAAUGCCCUUAUCAUUCGUAUAUGCAAUGCUGUCUUAGACGUCCCAUCUUCGUAUUCAACGCCAUCACGCGACCCCCCCAAUUCCGCGCAACCCCGCGACCCUCAAAACAGUUCCAUAGGAUAAGAGCACCGCCGCUCAUCUUCUACUAGGAAAAGCCACGCAUUACUGUACUGCUAGCUCGGCCGGUUCUAUCUUACUAAGACUCGAUUCGUGUAUUCGCGGAAUCAGUCG